UUUUGUUCACAUAUUUCAAACGUAAGAGACCUGUUUUUCCACUGGAAAUACCCUCCGGAACUAACCCCCGCAGAUCUCGUCUGAAAUCGCGCAUGGUAAAAGUCCUAAAAUACGUGCCCUUUUGCCUCUUCUUCUUCUUCUUCUUCCACGCCUCUCUCUCUCUCUCUGUCCACUACCCUAACUUCCUCGUUUCCACUUCUCACUCAGACAGUUUUUUGCAGAUCCCAGCGGGAGAAAAUGGAUCAAAUCUGAAACAUCUACGCACUCGGGUGGAAAGGGUUAUCGGUUUUUGAAUCAAUGAAGCGACUGAGAAGCUAUUACGCGAACAUGAGGCAUCAACAGCAAGCUUCAGAGCGGAAAUGGAUCUUCUUUCCAUUGAUGAUCGGUUCGAUGUUCGCCUUCUUUCUUCUGUUUCUCACAGCCCUAACGUCACCGGAAGGAACCCGUUUCCUUCCUUUCGCCCGACCCGUUUUGUUAUCCGGAUCCGGGUCCUCCGUCUUCGUCGAGUCCAAGCUCAAGUCCCAGACCAUUACCUCCUCCCCUGCUCCGCCGCGUUUUGCUUACGUCAUUUCCGGCUCGGCCGGCGACGGCGGCGCUCUCCGGAGGACGCUAUUGGCUCUGUAUCACCCGAACAACCGGUACGUGGUUCAUCUUGACCGUGAAUCCUCUCCGGAGGAGAGGGAGGAUCUCCAUGGCUUCAUCAGAAGCUUCUCGUUGUUCCAGAGGUUCCAGAACGUUCAUGUGAUUGAGAAGGCCAAUCUCGUCACAUACAGAGGGCCGACGAUGGUUGCAAAUACGCUGCACGCGGCGGCUAUAUUACUCAGAGAAGGAGCUGAAUGGGACUGGUUCAUCAAUCUCAGCGCCUCAGAUUAUCCUCUGGUGACUCAGGAUGAUUUGUUGCAUGUGUUUUCGCAUUUGCCGAGGGACUUGAACUUCAUUGAUCAUACGAGUAACAUCGGUUGGAAAGCAUCACAGAGAGCGAAGCCAGUGAUCAUAGAUCCCGGACUGUAUAUGAACAAGAAAGCUGAUGUUUUUUGGGUUAAGCAGAGACGAAGCAUCCCGACAGCAUUCAAACUCUUCACAGGAUCGGCUUGGAUGGCUUUGACACGAUCAUUUAUUGAUUAUUGCAUCUGGGGUUGGGAUAACCUUCCUCGUACUGUCCUGAUGUAUUACUCGAAUUUCCUUUCUUCCCCGGAAGGGUAUUUCCACACGGUAAUCUGCAAUGCCGAGGAGUUCAGAAACACCACGGUGAACAGCGAUCUGCAUUUCAUAUCAUGGGACAACCCACCUAAGCAGCAUCCUCACCACCUUACUGUUCUAGACAUGGGAAAGAUGAUCGAUAGCAAUGCCCCGUUUGGCAGGAAAUUCAGAAGAGAGGAACCCGUGCUUGACAAGAUCGAUGAUGAACUCCUGAACCGAGGUCCUGGGAUGGUGACUCCUGGCGGUUGGUGCAUCGGAAGCCAUGAAAACGGGAGCGACCCUUGUGCCUUGAUUGGUGACACCUCGGAUAUCAGACCUGGCCCUGGUGCCAGACGGCUCGAAACUCUGAUCAGCUUUCUGUUAUCUAGCGAGAAUUUUCAACCGAGACAGUGCAAGUAACUGAACCAAUUUUGUGCAAGUUUGGGAACAGGUUCCAGAAUGAAUCUAGCAGUUGCGGUUGUUGUGUUUGAAGAUCUUUGUGCUCUUCACGCCUGAGAAACUAUGCAGUGGCAGUGAGAAAGCAUGUCGUAUUACUCAGAUAAUAUGGCAUAGGACAUUGUAGUUCUGACAUUUGUACAGAGUAUCUAAUGGAAUUUUGGAAAUUCAAGUGUUUGCCUUGUCCAAAUGUGCAAAAGUUUGUCGUUUUA